AUGUGGCAACGAUCUGUACUGUUUUUAUUUUCCGCUAAUAUCCUGCUUUUCACAUUUGAGCUGGGAAUUAAUCAAAUGGAUUUUUGUUGUUCGAGUACUUGUUGUUGCUCACUCUGUACUGCAGAGCAAUGUCAAUUAGCAGAUCAGCCGGGAAAACAAUGCCGGUGUUAUAACACAACCAAUGUAACAUGCUGGAGAUUCAGAAACUCUAUUUAUAAAUCGGAACCCAUUGAAUUACCGGAGAAAAUGCAAAUUUUUUCUGUGUUACCAGAACAACCUGUAAUGGCGCAAGUAGUACCAGUGGGUAGUAUCACGGGAAUGGACAUUGAUCCGUUAUGUUGUGUCGUUGGAAAUUGUCCAGUUUGGAUAAAAUGCAAACAUUCGUUAAAUGUAAGACGGGAUCAAUCAGCAUUGCAAUCAAUGCCAGUGCCACUGUUUAUCGUCGCUUGCAUACUAUUCGUUUUGAUUAUCAUUACAACGAUUGGCCUUUGUAUCGCAGCUAGUUUGUAUAUCAAUGAUUCAUAUAAACAUAAACGACGAAAUUGUAACAUUUACGAUGAAACUGCAAGAUAUUGA